AUUGCUGAAAGUAUUUCCAUUACACGUGGUCAAAUUCCACGUGUCUGCAAUCAUAAUAAUAACUUAAUUGUCGGUAAUUCUGUACAUCUCGUGCUGAUAACGUGACAAAUAUCACUUCUAGCAAUUGUGUUUCUGUCAAAAUUGGCGCAUUAAAUUGUGACACUGAUUAGCCAAAUAGUAGUGAACUUAAAGAUAAAAACUUGAAAAGGCAGCGAAGUGAUACAAGAUAGCAUUUGUUAACAAACGAUACACUUACAUUAUCUUGAAAAUGUCGUGAAUCGUUUAUACGACGAGAUUCGUUAAAUAAUCUAAUAGCAGUCAAGUGUUUAUAUCAAUAUACAGCUGUUUAUCACGCUCUGCUUUGCUUAUACCUUGAUAUAUUGAAGUCAUCUGUAUUCAGAGAACCUUCUGGUGUGACACUGCUGGUCCAUGAAAAGUUUCAGUGACAUUAUGAAUUUACUAAAUUAGAAGUUAAAGGUUAUUCUUGUAUAGAAAUGUUGAAAGAUUAAGGGAAAACUUCAACUGUAUUUACAGCGUUACUUUUACACAACCAGCCUUAAUGAGUGUCAAGUUAAGGAAAUGUAAAUUAUUGCAGAUAAACAGUACAUGCUAGCUGGAGGUUAUGCUCUUGGCCAGUUCUCUACGUGAGAUUCUAGUUUUCCUUACCUCUUAGUCUACCUUGACAACGACGUUAAAACUUUUUUCAAAGUGACCAUAGUGAUGAGCCAUAUUAAACCACCAAAUAAUAUAAUGAAAUGCCAUUGUUUGACAAGCGUAGGAUAUUUUUUCUUAAAGCAACAAAUUUUUGACUACUACUAGUAUCACUAUCGCAUGAUAGCUAUGUUCAGGUUUAAAUAGCUCUACAAAUUAGAAUGUUAGUGUGUUAUAUGAAAAUGCUAAGAUGUGCAAGCCGCGCGAUGUGGAGCUAGACAAGAUACUCCGGGAGAUCGGUCAGUUCGGGAGGUACCAGUGCCACGUGUACCGCUGGGUGGUGCCCGUCAUCAUCUUCAACGCCAUGUUCAAGAGCCAAUACAUCUUUAACGCCGCUAAAAUCGAUUACAGAUGUCGCGUGCCCCAAUGUGAGGCAACGCCACCUCGUUUCGAGACGAACGGUUGGGGGCCGUGGGCGCUGCCGGACUCGGGCGGCCGGUGCGAGCGAUAUGUGUCUACGGGAGUUACCUGUUCGGCGGAUGCCUUCAACAGCUCCCAGACGGAACGUUGCGAUAGCUGGGUUUAUAAACACAACAAUACUAUUGUUGCCACCUUUGAUCUGGCAUGCGAAGAGUGGAAGCGAACGCUGGUUGGAACCAUACAUAGUGCAGGCAUAUUCAUCGCGCUCCCGCUUACCGCCUACAUAUCUGACACAUUCGGUCGACGGGUAGCGUUUAUCUUGACGGCGGUGGCCCCUGCGGCGGUGGGCGUGAUCCGGUCCUUCUCCACCAACUACAUCAUCUACGUUAGCCUCGAGCUAAUCGAAGCUAUUGUCGGCUCCGGCGUAUAUACCUCGGGUUUCAUUCUAGCUCUAGAGAUGGUGGGAAUCAACCGGAGAGUCCUCGGUGGCAAUGUGAUAUCCUGUGCAUUUGCCAUCGGCCAAGCGUUGGUGUCACUCAUCGCCUGGGGAAUUCCAGAAUGGAGGACAUUGACGAGGGUCCUUUACGCUCCAUCGUUCAUAUUUAUCCUGUACUGUUUUUUUAUAGAAGAGAGUGUACGAUGGCUGCUAAGCAAAGGAAAAAUAAAGGAGGCAGCAAGAAUAAUAUUUAAAGCGGCCGAGAUAAACAAAAAGAAAUUAUCCCCGGAGACUAUAAAAUUAUUGACCGAUGAGAAUGUUCAAUUGGAAGAUUCUGUUCCUACGAACGAUGAUAAGAAGGAAUCUUUGGCGAUGCAAGUCCUUCGCUCAAGAGUUUUGAUGUCGAGAUUAUUUAUUUGCUCGUUUUGGUGGAUCACAGUGACGUUUAUUUACUACGGCCUAUCCAUAAACUCUGUAUCCCUCGGGGGCAAUAGUUACGUAAACUACCUACUCACUGCGCUGGUGGAGAUUCCGGGAUACUGUCUCAGUGUGUUGACCUUGGACCGCUUCGGGAGGAAGGCGUCUAUCAUGACUGCAUUCUUCGUUUGCGGAUUAUCACUGCUCGGAUUGCCAUUCAUUCCAGAACAGAGAACAGCUCUAACGAUGGUGGGCAAGUUUAUGAUCAGCAUGGUGUUUGCGUCUAUCUACAUAUACACAAUAGAAUUGUUUCCAACUCGGGUGCGUCAAUCCAUGAUAAGUUCCUGCUCCGCGAUUGGACGAAUAGGAUCCACCGCCGCACCACUCACGCCUCUGCUGAUGGAGUACAUGCCAUCACUACCGUACCUUUUAUUCGGAUUGAUGGCAGCGAUUGCAGGAUUUCUGAUGCUCCUCACGCCAGAAACUCUCCACAUCCAGCUGCCUGAUACUAUUAAGCAGGCUGAAGGGAUAGCUAUCGCUCCGAGGACCAGAAAGACCACAGACAUCAUAGUGGAUUAGGUUUAGGCCUCACGAUUCAGUUCGUUGGUUACUUUUGAGUUUUCUUUGUACUAUCACGUGUCUGCAAUACGCGCUCAUAAUUUGCGCUUCAUAAUCUCAUCCAAUAAAAAAAUUGUUUAUAUUUUUUGCAGAUAUAGCUUUUAGUUAAAGUAUAGUUUUAAAUGGCUUCUACUAAGACUCUCUAAAAUAGUCGCCCUCUUUUUGACAAAUGGUAUGGGAGCUGUGAUGAUAAUCAACGAGUGUUUUUGUGAAAAAGCUGAUUGAAUUGUCAUGAAUGAGGGUGAGCCGGUAAAGGUUAAGGUUUCGCUGGUGGUACGGAAAUUAACAAUGAUAUAUAAAUCAGCGCCUGUGAGAAAUCUUAGACGGCUGAUGAACGUUAAUAACAAAUAAUUAUUACAUAAAAUGUAGGUGAAAUAUCAUUUUGUGUACCAGUACAAUACUUAAGCUUUUUGUAUUUAAUCAAAUUUAACUUCAUGCUAAGUAAGAUGGCAUCUAAACAUCCUGGUAACGCACCCGACAUUACCUCAAUCAUAUUAUUUUAUUUAAAUUGCGAAAUAUUAGGGAUAUAGAUGUUCUUUAUAUAUCUAUUGUAUUUAAGAAACGAUUAUUAUCGCUUGAAUUUGGUAAGAUCUUAGUAGAUGUUUUGUCACAUUUAUUUAUUGUUACAAUGAUAAAAACAGAAGUUCUAUAGCUAUUUGAGGUUUAUCAAUAAUGUAAUUUUUUAAAUAAUGGUUUGCAUUGGACAGUGAUGCAUCUUAUUAUAGCAUGUCUUGUAUUUGGUGGCUCCAGGUGUGAUCUGGAGCAACAAAUCGAUAUAAAGGUACCGAGCAUUUAAUGUUAAGCUUCAGAUCGCAACUUAGUGAUCUUUCUGCAGUAAGAUUGUUAAAUGCGUCACUCCAUGCAACAAGAGCGGAGCGGAGGCGAGGCAACUGGCCUAUAUCCCACACUACAAGAGUCGAAGAUAUCAAGAAAUUAAUAUAUAAUGGGUUAAUUUUAUUUCGUAGGGGGGCUAAAAUUUAAAAAAAACUACAAUUUUUAAGAUUUUCACUUUGCCCAAUAUUAUUUAAACGAUUAAGAUAAUGGAUAGAUCUAGUCUAGUUUAUUUGGGAGCUCAAUAAUAUAAUUUACGCCAAGAACUAUGUGUGAAACUUAUAGGUUUGGCAUUUGGAGACCGCCUAAGUAUUCUGUAAAGUAAUGACAAAUAAAAUAUGUACGGCUAAUA